CAGAAUAUCUCAAAUGCAACAACAAGCCCGAACAGAGCGGACGUGCGGCGGUAAAAAAUUUUGUUAGUGGCUAUAUUGUUUUUGCUAAAAAAGAGAAGCUUAUUAAAAAUAAUUACAAAAUGUACCGGUGCAAAAAUGAAAUUAUACCAACAUGAAAAUUGAUAUUUACAAAUAUUUAAAUAUUUCAAAAAUAAAUGUGCAAGUGUGAAAUAAAUUGUCAAAUACAAAGAAACGGUAGUUCUCUUAUACCAGUCGUGUAACGGUUUUAUAAGCAAGGAGAUUAAGAAACGAGAGAAUCGCAAAUUGAUCAAAACAAAGCGCAUAUGCAACAGUAAAUUUGCAGUAAAACGGAUACAACAUGUUCGAAUUAGAGGAUUAUUCAAGCAGUAUUCACGAGGGCUUCUUCAGUAAAUAUGCAGAUGCGACGGGGCCUUCGCUGGACUUUUAUGUGUCCGACUCCAUGCAGGAUAUGCUGGAUGUGGACAUUCGGGCGGAGAUAGCCAAUGUGGUCGGCAGCUCCAGUGAUUUGACGUCCUCGCUCGACCAUGCUCUGGAGGCUAUUUCUGCCAUAAACAACAACAACAACAAUAGCAGCAGCAGUGCAUUUUCAACGCACAACGCAAAUGCGAAUCUCUUGGCUAGCAGCGCACUGCAUGCCUCGCCUACAGCCAAGUGGAUGGGAUCGUGCGCCAAUUUCUGGUCGACGGCGGAUUAUUAUGCGGACGUUGGCGCCUGUGUCAGUCCCAUCUCCGUGAUGCCGCUGAUUAACUCAAAUUCCGGCUCGAAUUCAUUAAUUGGCUCGGGGUCCCCGCACAAGUCGCGCGGUGGGGCGCCGACAACGCAGAGCAGAUCGGCAUCCGCAGCUGGACAGGCGCCACCCGCCUCCCCUUGUGACCAGCACAAGUCGCAUUUGACCUUCUCCCCGGCGCAGAUGAAGGUCAGCGCCGGUUCGAUGCGCAGAGAGCAGGUGAUGGCCCACAUACCCAAGCAGAUUUCCACACUGCCCAUUUCAACAUCAGUCGUAAGCAGCGGCAGUAACGGCACAGCACCGCCAACCAUGGCCACGAAUGCCGCACUACAGCGGCGUAACUCGUCGGCAGUGGAUGCUGUACGCAAGGAUCUGGGAACGGAGCUGCGCAAGGUGCAAUCGUCUGGCCUGGAAGAGGCGAAGGGUGCGCCUAAAGGCACUAGUCUACUGACUACUGGCGGUGCCAGCACCAACACCAUUAAGCUAGGUCCCGGCAUCGGUGGCCUGACUUUUGCCAACAGCGCCACCUACAACAAGCUGAAGCAGCAGACAUCGGCAAAGUCUCCCAACGGCGCUCCCAUCACCUCCAAUGGCAACAUUGUGCUGAAGCGCGAUCGGGAGGCGAGUCCGCUGCACAAUAUAACGACGCUGCACGCGAAUGGCGUGCAGAGGCGUGGCAAUGCACCGAAGAGCAUCGCCUCGUCGGCCCAUUCGCCGCAUCACCAGGUGCAUGUGCAGAACAGCAUUGGCUCGCCAUCCUCCACUUCGUCGUCGACAGCUGGACGGCCCACCACCUCUUCGCCACUGUCAUUCGCACCGCUGGGCAACUCCAGCUUCAGCAACGGCAACAGCAGUGGCAUCCACAGCAGCGUCAGCAAUAGCAACGGCAGCAACAUCGUCAAGCCGCUGCAGCAGAAGGUGAAGCCGGCAGCCAUGAGCAGCGCCUUCCCAAAGCCCGCCUACUCGUACUCCUGCCUCAUUGCGCUGGCGCUGAAGAACUCGCGUGCCGGCUCCCUGCCCGUGUCGGAGAUCUACAGUUUCCUGUGCCAGCAUUUUCCCUACUUUGAGAAUGCGCCCAGCGGCUGGAAGAACAGCGUGCGCCACAACUUGUCGCUGAACAAGUGCUUUGAGAAGAUUGAGCGGCCGGCCACGAAUGGCAAUCAGCGAAAGGGUUGCCGCUGGGCCAUGAAUCCGGAGCGGAUCUGCAAGAUGGACGAGGAGGUGCAGAAGUGGUCGCGCAAGGAUCCAGGAGCAAUACGCGGCGCGAUGGUCUAUCCCGAGCAUUUAGAGGCACUUGAGCGAGGCGAAAUGAAGCACGGAUCGGCUGAUUCAGAUGUGGAGCUGGAUUCGCAGUCUGAAGUCGAGGAGUCCUCUGAUUUGGAGGAGCAUGACUUCGAUGAUACCAUGAUCGAUGCGAUGCUUGUCGAAGAGGAGGACAACGAUAACGUUGACUGGGAAAACAGCGAGGAUGAAGAGGAGCAUGUGCUUCAUGAGUAUGAUCCAAACAAUCAAGCAGCCAAUCACCCGCCAACUGACCAUCAGCUGAUCGUUUCGCAAAAGAACGGAGAAUUCGAUAUUGUGGUUGACGAACUGUACGAAGAUAUCGACAUCGAUACUGGGAAGCGGACUGUGCGCCACGGCAUAGUCAAUGGGCAGACAGCAAACAUAAUUGAGCUCAAUCCGGCCGAUCUAAAUGCUAACGAUGGCUAUCAGUCACCGAAACGUGCUCGCCUCGACAUCAACUACACCAUCGGUCCGGCCGGUGAGCUGGAACAGCAGUAUGGCCAGAAAGUUAAAGUGCAGCAGGUACAUCAAGUCCUGCACCAGCAGCAACAGCCGCCCACGUACAAUCGUCGGAAAAUGCCGUUGGUUAAUCGCAUUAUUUAAGCAGUCAUUUUAUAUUCAUGCAUAUAUAUAUGUUUAGAUAUAUAUAUAUAUAUAUAUAUAUAUAUAUAUAUAUAUAUAUAUCAAAUAUGUAUAUAGAGAUCAUACACACUAAGUGUUAGGUUAACGUUUUAGAAAUACCAAUCAGCUACGCUUAAAACUAUUUCUAAGUCAGUUUUUGUAUGUGCACAGUGCAGUUUCGACUUAAAUGCAUAUAUAUAUAUAUAUAUAUAUAUAUAUAUAUCGGUAUAUGCACUUCUAUACAAACAUAUUUAUAUAUUCAAUUUGGUCGCGCGCUUUGUAUUCAUUUCUAUGUACAUUGAAGGGGGCUUUCAAAUAAAUGUCUAUGUUGCAAGCAUUAAUUAAUAAGAUAUACGACUUCCCAUUAUAUCUGACACAUAAUUAGAAAGUUUGGUUAAGAAAAAUUUGACGCUUGAGCGAAAACUCAAGAAAUGCAUCCAAUUUGAUAAUACUUGUAAUUGUUUCAAUUCCCGAAAUCCAAAAAUGACGAAACAUUAAUAGUGUUAAUAGUUUUUCAAAAUCUUGACUAUAAUGAGCGUUUUUGAAAUUGAUCUCCAAAAAAAAAAAAAAAGAACAAAUUAUAUAAACAUACACAUUAAUUACUUUUGACUAUUGUUUUUCAUAAAUUGAGUAAAAAAAUUGUUGAGAAAAUGAAACAGGCAAAAAUUACGAAUUGAAUUUAUAUUUAAGUAUGACUAAUCUAAACUUCAGACAACGAAAUAUCGCUUAUAGGUAUUUCCACAAUUGUUAACUGUACAUAAAAAUGGCAUUUAUAAGCAUUUUUCAGCGAAUUUUCUAUAUAUACAUUUGUGUAGGUAAUGUUGAAAACAACCAUCCAAAACUUGCCGGUCCAGUAUUCGUGAGACAGACGUUGGUAGAACAUGCUGCCAAGUAUAAAUGUUAUAUACUAUUUACUAUACAAGGUUAUUAGAAUUUGAAUUCUCUAAUUAUUC